AUGUUUUCAAACGCAAACGCUUUCGAUGAGUGUGUCAUCGCUGCGACCGACGAGAAGCUCACUAAAGAGGACUGGUCGUUGAUGAGUGUUGUAUGCGAGAAAGUAUAUAAGGCUGGUGACCAAGGCUCUCGAGAUUGUAUCGUAUCCAUUCAGAAACGAUUACUUCAUCGAAAUGCCAAUGUUCAACUAUAUGCUUUAACAUUAACCAAUACUCUUGUUAAAGAAUGUGGGAUCAGUAUUCAUAAGGAAGUCUGUUCACGCACAUUUACGUCAACUCUAACAAAAAUGUUAAAUGAUAGGAAUACCCACGAUUUAGUAAAGAACAGAACACUUGACCUGAUUCAAGAAUGGAGUUCUGAAUUUCGUUCAAACCCAGCAUUAAGUAUUAUGGACGAAACUUAUAGGCAAUUGCGAUCGCAAAAUUUCCAAUUUCCACCUCAGAAACCUCAAAAAGAACCAAGUGAA